AUGAGUCGGGAGAGAGAGGAAAAGCAGAGAGCAAUCAGCCUCGCCAGGGCCCCAAGGAACCAAGCAGGGCUAUUAAAGCACGAUUCAUGGGGGCGGUGUGUCUGGAAGAGGGUUCGUCAGCGGUGCCGUGUGUCAGCGACAAGGACGACCCGGAAACAUGGAAAAGGCGAGGGAGACGGUGAAAGGAUGGCAGCAGGAAGAGGAGGGUGCAUUUGCAGAUUUGCGAGUACUGUCAGCAAAGGGAGGCAUGGACGACGAGCCAGAAACACAGAAAAUGUGAUGGAGACGGUGAAAGGAUGGCAGGACGAAGAGGAGAUGUGCAACUGCAGCUUUACGAGUACGAUCGGACAGACAUAUGCAGUAAUAAACACUCGGAUUGCAUUAUACAUCGCCAUUGCUGCAGCAAAGUAA